AUGAAGAUCAGGAAAGUCUCGGUCCGGUUCAUGGCAUCUUCUACCCACCAACCCAGUAGCGAGCCAAACAAAGAGAAAAAAGCUCGACGAGCCCGAACCGCCUUCAGCUACGAGCACGUGCGGGAAAGGAUUCAACUGGCAAUUUCGUUGAAUCUCACCGAAACUCAGGUAAAGAUCUGGUUCCAAAAUCGGCGGACCAAAUGGAAAAAGCACAACCCGGGGUGUGACACAAAGGAUCGACAAACACCACCAAGUGCUGAGUCCUCCCGAGCGGCUUCGCCAAAGCAAAAGUGGAUCCUUUCGCAGCCGUUAGCGAAAUUUCCGCAACUCGGCGCCCUGUCCUCUCGUCCCACGCUACAAUCCCACAACCACGGCUAUUUGACUACCAUCCCUUCCACCAAUGAUGCCGUUCAACUUUUUGCGCUUCCAACUCUGCCGACACAGUUUUUCUUUGACUUCAGCAAAGAAUUACCCGAGCUGUCUUCCUUAACCAUUCCAAAGCAG